UGUAACGAGAAUCCUAUUAUUCUUGUUCGACGCAUCGAGGGGAAGAAAGAAGAGAGCCGCCGAGGAGAGAGAGAAUGGGAAAGACGGAGUACAAGACGUUUCAGGGAAGCCGGAGCCUGAGGCAGCGGCUGCUUCUGGCGACACUGUCGUCGACGAAUGUUGUCGUUGAAGACAUUCGCGCCGACGAGACAUGGCCUGGCCUUAAACCCCACGAGGUCUCUUUCCUCCGCUUGCUCGAGAAGGUUUGCGACGGCUGCAAAGUCGAAAUCAACGAAACAGGGACCAAAUUGAAGUACAAACCAGGAAUAGUGAUGGGUGGUAAAAACCUCGUCCAUGAUUGUGGUCUUAGCCGCUCCAUUGGUUAUUUUAUGGAGCCCCUUCUUCUGCUUGGCUUGUUUGCAAAGAAGCCCCUUACCAUAAGGCUCAAAGGAAUUACAAAUGAUUUGAACGAUCCAUCUGUUGAUACUUUCCAAUCAACUGCCUGGCAUAUUUUGAAACGCUUUGGAGUUCCUUCAGAAGGGUUAAGGCUAAAAAUAGAGUCUCGAGGGGUUCCUCCUCUUGGUGGUGGUGAAGUUGUUUUGUCAUUUCCUAUGGUCCAGAAUCUUAAUGCAGUCACGUGGACCGAUGAAGGGAUGGUUAAGAGAAUUAGGGGUGUUACCUUUUCGACUAGAGUAUCUUCGCAGUUUGAACAUUCCAUGAUAUAUUCGGCUCGAGGAAUCUUUAAUCGAUUGCUUCCCGAUGUUCAUAUAGCUACUGAUCAUAAAGCUGGUCUACAAGCUGGAAAGUCACAAGGCUAUGGAAUUUCACUGGUUGCGGAAACUACAUCUGGCUGCUACAUAUCAGCUGAUACAACUGUUUCUUAUGCACGGCCAGAGGAGAUGGAUGAACUUCAAGAUAUGGAGAAGAAAGAUUUGACACCAGCAGAGGAUGUUGGUUUGCGAAUUGCUUCUGUUCUGCUUGGGGAGAUUGAGCAAGGUGGAGUAGUAGAUUCAACACAUCAGGGUCUCUUAUUUCUUCUUUGUGCGCUAUGCCCACAAGAUAUUUCAAAGGUUCGGGUUGGAAAGCUCUCACCAUACGGCAUAGAAACACUCAGAAAUAUCAGAGACUUCCUAGGAGUAAAAUUUGUCAUAAAGCCAGAUCCUGCGACAGGGACAGUUAUACUAAAAGGUUUUGGUUGUGGGUUGAGGAAUCUAUCUAGGAAGGUCUCAUAAUGACAUUGCGAAUGUGUCCGGUAAAUUAUCCAAUACUUGGGUCUCUACGUAUAUGCGGGUCCGACGUAUUGUCAGAUGGGCUGAUGAGUCCUUGGAUGCGGAUAUGAUACUCUGGCUUUGAAUGUUUUGCUAAUUUGGUGUUCCGGUGCGAUCGCUUCAACCCUUCAUUAGCAGAGAAGUUUUGACAUGUUUUCAUCAUUUUUAAAUGGGCGUGCUUUAUAUUUGUGAAAAGUGAACUGCUCAAUUCGGACAUCAAUUUUCCUAACUGAAGCUUUUGUUGACAAUUAAGUUGCUUUUGGCACAAUUUUGCAGCAUAUAUUAUUGAGAGUUGAGCUUUUUGUCGAUUGUAGGAUGAAUGUUAUUGCUAGGUUUGAAUGAUUGGAUUUCAAGAGAUUUUGUUUA